CGGCAAACACUGACUGACAUAGCUUCGUUUCGAUGUACAUAGCACAGAAACAACGAAAACACUAGUAUAAAUCACAAUGGGUCUUGAGCUCACAGCAUAUGGCCUCUCAGGCCUCACUGCAGCUGGCGGCAUCGCCGGGUACGCCCGCACCGGAUCGCUACCAUCUGUAAUUGCCGGAUGCUCGGUCGGAUUCCUGUACGCCCUCGGUGGUUACAGGAUUCAGAACCACCAGUCCUACGGCGUCGAGCUGUGCCUUGUUGCCUCGGUCAUCCUCGGAGGCGCUUCCAUCCCCCGCGCCAUUCGCCUGCAGAAGCCUGUGCCCAUUGCUCUCAGCUUGCUCUCAACGUUUGGUGCGCUCACAUUCGGGAAUGCCGCUCGUCGGGGUGCGUAGAUGACGUUCGAAUACCGACGCGCGAUGGCACGGCAAAGGCUUUGUUGGGUGAGGAAGAUCUAGCGGGCAGAGGGGACGCAAAGGGUUUUUCUCUUCAUAAUUUGGGCUGAUUUCGUGGGUUCAUGGCGAAGAUCGGGGACAUUCUCGCAUCAGCGUAUAAUACACAUGUAAAAUUACAGAAUGACGUCCCCUUGUCUGGCUGUUUUCAUCCGUCUUGGUAGUCCCCAUCCAAGACCGUUGACUUGGGUGUCGUUUGUAACGUUCCGACCAGCUGUUUGGGAUUGUUCGUUCGUAAACCGUCAAGAAUUCUCGUCAAUCUCCUUCCACUUUGCCCUGACCUGCCUCAUCUUGUCGUUGGUAUUGUUGCGGUUCUCGAGUUGAUGUUUCGCUCUCUCUGCCUUG